AUGUUCCGUGGCCGCGCAAGGACCGACAACACGACCGACUCGGCUUCCCCUCCGCCGUACACAGCAUCCGAUGCAAAAGCUGUGGAGGUAUCAGAGCCGAAGAAGAAGAGCGGACACAAAGUCUUCUACGGACGCAUCAUCCACAGCAAAUCCCUCAAGGAAGUCGAGAUUUUCCCGAAGGCAAGUCUGGGCAUCGACGACAAGGGCACGAUUCAAUUCCUGGACACGAGUGUCGCCUCCGCCGCCGACGCAUGUGCGAAACACCAUGGCUUCGCCAAUGCCGAGACCAUCACUCUAAAGCCGUUGCAGUUCCUAUUUCCAGGCCUCAUCGACACGCACAUGCACGCGCCGCAGUACCCGAACAUGGCUCUGGGCAUGGAGGGUGACUUGAAGGAGUGGUGCGAGAACUGGACGGACCCGAUGGAAGCAUCGUACGCGGACACGUCGAAAGCGCACCGCGUGUACCGCGAGAUGGUGGCGAAGGAGCUCGAGAACGGCAGCACGACGGUCGCGUACAACUCCAGCAUCCACCCGGACGCGACCAACGUGCUGGCCGACACGUGUCUGGAAUUCGGCCAGCGGGCGGUCAUCGGCAAGCUGUGCAUCCUCGUGGGCAGCACCCACGGCAACUGGGAGAAGAGCGCCGAGCAGAGCGUCGCCGACGAGGCCAAAGUCGUCAAGCAUAUCCGCAAAAUCGACCCGACGGGUGAGCUCGUGAUGUCGUGCAUCCAGCCCCGUGCAGGAUCGUACGUGCCACCGGCGCUGAUGGGAGGACUGGGCGAUCUGUACCGCGAGAGCGACCCGAUACGCGUGCAGGCACACAUGUGCGAGACGCCGCUGGAGGUGGAAAACAUGCACGCCCUGCACGAGGGAUUCGAAAGCUACGCCGACAUGUACGACCACUACGGACUCUUCGGACCCCGGACGAUCCUGGCGCACUGCAUCCACCUGACGGAGCGGGACAUGACCGUCAUGGCUGCGAAAAGGGUCGGCGUCGCCCACAACGCCAACAGCAACACCUGCCUCACCGACGGGUGGUGCCGGGUGCGCACCCUGCUCGACCGCGGAAUCAAGGUCGGCCUGGGCACCGACUGCUCGGCGGGCUACUCGAUUUCGAUCCUCAACGCCAUGCGCCAGGCCAGCAACGUCUCGCGCCACCUGACCAUCCACACGGGCGACCCCAGCUGGAAGCUCGAGUUUUCCGAGCUGGUAUACCUGGCUACCAUGGGCGGCGCCGAGGUGUGUGCCCUCGACCACAAAGUCGGCAACUUUGCACCGGGCAAGGCCUUCGAUGCGCUCCUCGUCGAUGUCGGGUUGGAGGACGACAACAUCAACUCCAACGGCUUCGAGCACGACGAUAUGGCCUUGUUGAAGAAGUGGGUCUUUAUGGGUGACGACAGAUCGAUCCGCAAGGUGUGGGUGGGUGGAAGAUUGGUCGCGGGCAAGGAUCUGAAAGCGUGA